AUGGCUAUAGAUAAGAAAUUGGUCUCAGAAAAAAAUUCUAUUUCGGGCAGUUCGACAAAUACUUCCAAAACUGUUGCUAUCAAUAAGUCUGAUACAGAGUUAGAAAUCACUGGAGAAUUAGAGGAACCAAGCUUUAAAUUAACAAUUAAUCUUCCAAAUUCUCCGCUGAAAACUUAUGUUUUCGCAAAUUCUAGUGAGUUGGUUCAAGAGAUCCGACAGUUUAUAAUAGAAUCUCCGGAAACUUUUUCGCAUACUUGUUUCUUUCUAUCUUGGAAAGGAAAGAGAUUAAACGAUUAUAAGGAACUACAGGAAGAAGGCAUAACUCAAGAUUGCGAACUUGAUUUAGUUGAGGACGCAUAUACUGAACGUGAGGCUCGCAUUCACAUAAUUCAUCUAAGAGAAAUUCUUGCUGGACCUUUCAAACAAGAUCCGUCAUCCAUUGGACUUGAUUCUGGGUUAUCUUUUUUAUCUGCUGUAACUCAAAGCAAUGAAAAAUCUUCCAAUACAAAUCAAACGAAUGGAAAAUUCGUAAAAAAGCCAGAAGAUGAAUCAUUGGCGGAUCAAUCACUGAAAACCCCUUUUACCGGCUAUGAAUUUGGAAAUCCUUCCCUCGCAAAAUUUAUUCCAGAUAAUUUUCAGCGUAUUCCUAUAAAAUGUUUGGGAAGUUUACACUUGUCUGGAUGGAAUCCAGUUCCAUUUGAAAGACGAACGCGAGGCGAUUUAUUAUAUUUAAGCGUGACAACGAUCGAAGGAGAUACGCGGCAUAUUACUGCGUGUGUUAAGGGAUUUUAUAUAAACAAAUCAACAAAUACACAUUUUGAUCCAAGUCCUCACUCAGAAUUAGAAAAAUUUCAAGCACAUUCUUUAAUUACCCUUCUUCAAAAAAUUUCACCUAGUUUUCAGCGAAAUUUUAAAGCUUUACAAGAAUAUAUCGGUCGCUUUCAUGUAUUUGAAACGAUUCCAGUCAACAAUUGUUUACCUGCUUAUUCUUGGAUGGUGAAACCAACAAAACAUACACAUGAUUUAAGUCGUGCCGAUGAACUUUAUUUAAAUUAUGGAACUGAUGCGGUCGAUUCACUCCGUGAUUGGAAUGAUGAAUUUCAAACGCAGCGUGAAUAUCCUCGAGCUGAUCUUAAAGAUCGUGUCUUGCGCGAGCGACUACUCAAUAAAAUUCAAGCAGAUUUCACUGAUAGUGCAGUCAAAGGAGCUAUAUCUGUAGUGAAUGGCAAUGCAGUCCCUUUUAAUCCUCGAGAUCCGGAAGAAGAGCAUAUGUACGUUUAUAAUAACAUAUUCUUUAGUAAAGCUUUUGAUACACGAGGAAAUUUCGCAAAUCUUGGUGGAAAUGAUGCUGCACAUGUGGCUACUGGAAAAGAUUUGGAAGGAAUAAGAAAAAUGAAUUCAAUCGAUAUUGAGGGACUGUAUACAUUAGGGUGUGUUGUUGUUGACUAUAAAGGUACUCGCAUAGUAGCCCAAACUAUUGUACCAGGGAUUUUUCGACGUCAAGAUGAUUCUAUUAUUUAUGGCUUUUUCGAUAAUGGGAGAGAUGAGCCGAGACUUUGCUCGGAUCCGCAAUUUCAUGAAAUACUUAGAAAAGCAGCCAAAGCAUUGCACAUUGCAGAACAUAGUGUGAGUGAUGCAAAAGGUAAUACAGUUAACCUAUACACCUCUCUUGAAACCAAGGGCUUGAUGGGCGAUGAUGGACGUCGAUAUCUUUUCGAUUUAUAUCGCUUGAACCCAAUUGAUAUUGAAUUUCAGGAGAAAGAAUGCUCUUCAAAAGAAGGAAAUGAUAUUCCUCCUUAUCCUCAUAAACUGACUCUUCUAAGACCAGAAUUGAUUGAAUUCUUUUGGGAAAAUAAAUGUCGAGCAUGGGCAAAAGAAAAACGAUUAAACAAACAAGAGCUUGAAGGUUUGGAAAAAAAUAACCUUACCGAUGAUCAAGCAGAAAAUGAUGAGUUUGAUUUAGCGCUUAAUGCUGACGCAUUCACGGAUUACAAACAGCCCGCAGGCGAGGAGCAUGGAGCGAAAAAAGCUGUAGACGAAGAGAACGUGAGGUCAGCAUCAAAAUUUCUACGGGAUACCAUGAUCCCCACUCUGAUGGUGGAGUUCGCAACUUUUUCUUCAUCUCCUAUUGAUGGUGCAUCACUUACAAAGGCAAUGCAUCGCCGAGGUAUAAAUAUGCGAUACCUUGGAGUGAUAGCUUCAAUGGCAAGUGAUUCACAAGAUAAAAAUAUGGAACAUAUCAAGCAUUUAGCUACACACGAGAUUAUUGUCAGAUCAACAAAACGUAUAUUGCGUGAUCUUCUUCGAGAUGUUCCUCAUGUAGCUAUACAGCAUUGUGUAACUCAUUUUUUGAAUUGCCUUCUCGGGACAUCGUAUAAUCCAAAACCACAACCAACACUACCGACCGAUCAAUUAAUAGGAGAACAUCGGCGGUAUCUUUAUUUUAAAAUGACACCAGAAUCACUGGUUCAGCAAAUUCGAGAUAUAGCUCUUUUACAUUUUAGAUAUCAAUUAUCAGAAGAUUUUGUUGAAAAAGAUGUUCGAAAGCUUCCUUUAUUACGAGAAAUAUGUCUGAGAAAUGGCAUACAACUUAUAUCACAAGUUUAUCAUUUCACAAAGAAAAAAUCACACAAGAAAGACUCAAAAAAUAAAAAGAGACCUACAACUUUCUUACCAGAAGAUGUCUUGAAUUUAUUACCGACAGUCAAACAAGCAAAUACUAAGUGCACGUUUGCUGAAGAAGCUUUUGAGGCCGGUAAAUUAAUGAUAGCACAAAGUCAACGUGAAACAGGAGGUGAAUUAUUAUUACAGUCCUUAUCGCUGUAUGAACAAAGCUAUGGAUUCUUACAUCCAGAGACUGCAAAAUGUUAUUCGGCUUUGGCAAUGUUCUUUUAUCACAACGAGGAAUUGGAAUUUGCACUCGAAUUUCAGAAAAAAGCUGUUGUGUCUUUAGAAAGAACAUGUGGCGUCGACAGUUAUGAAGCAGUCCAUAGUUAUCUCCAUCUCGGUUUAUUUGAACACGCUGCUGGACACACGGAAUUAGGGUUAUGUUAUACGCGCCAUGCUAUGCAAUAUUGGGAAAUUAUUUAUGGUCCCUUUCAUCCAGAUGGAGCCACAGCUGAUCGAGCCAAAGAUACACAAGAGUGUGUAUUUGGACAAGAACAUGUUUUAACGGGUGAAUCAUAUCAUAUUCUCGCUAAAGCAUUGGCCUUGGCGGGAGAUUUCAAAGGCGCUUUAAAUGCUGAAAAAUCGGCAUAUAAAAUAUUCCUUUCAACUUUAGGAGCAGAUCACCUCAAAACAAAAGAAACAGAAUUUCUCCUCAAAGAAUGGACAUCAAGUGCAGUGCAAACUGCAAAGAUGGCGCUUCAAAAUUCUCAAGAAAAGCAAAAAAUAGUAGUUCCAAAAACGAAUCCGAUUCAACUAAAAACUCCACCCCAAUUAAAUGAUAUUACAACUGUUAAUAGAAAAAAAACUACAGAUAAAAACUUAAAACCUUAA